AUGUCGUCGGAAGCCUCCCACCAGUGGGACUAUGAAGAAACGCGUUCGUCGUCCAGCGAUAGCACUCUUUUGGUGCCCAGCUGCCAUGCCACCCAGAGGAAGUACGAGAACUGGGAUGAUGCCAGGUCGCCAAAGCCUAGACAAGGGAAGUCGAGAGACAGGUUGGUUUCGAACCGCGGGCCUUCUGAUGAAGUAAAUAUCGACGGGAUUCUUGUCUAUUUUCCAUACGAAUAUAUCUACCCUGAACAGUACCAUUAUAUGCUAGAGUUAAAGCGAACUUUGGACGCAAAAGGUCAUGGGGUUUUGGAAAUGCCAUCUGGCACGGGGAAAACAGUAUCGUUACUUUCCCUGAUCGUGGCUUAUAUGAAGGCCCGCCCCGGAGCGAUUGAAAAAUUUAUUUACUGUUCUAGAACAGUUCCAGAAAUAGAGAAGGUUGUUGAGGAGCUCAAAGUUCUUCACAAGUAUUAUGCCACAGAGACAAACGAAGACGGCUGUGGCCUGCUGGCGAUUGCACUCAGUUCACGGAAAAACCUGUGCAUUGAACGCGAUGUACGCCGUGCGGGUGACGGGGCCGCUGUUGAUGCCGCUUGUUUCCGACUGACUGCCAGUUUUGUUCGUAAGAAACAUGCGAGCGACGCAUCAACACCUUCAUGCAAAUUUUACGAGGAAUUCGAUUUGCAUGGUCGGGAGCAGCCUCUUCCCUGUGGAAUUUACAACCUGAUCAUGCAUGCCAAUAUAAUCGUUUACAGUUAUUUUUACCUCCUGGAUCCCAAAAUCGCGAAUCUGGUUUCUCGUGAUCUUCCCAAAAAUUCAGUCAUCGUGUUUGAUGAGGCCCACAAUAUCGAUAAUGUGUGUAUAGAAUCCAUGAGUUGUGUGCUAACUCGGCGGUCCUUGGAAAAAGCCACGACUAGCUUGAACCGACUGACAGAUCGCGUAAAAGAUGUGAAACAACACAACGCCGAACGACUGAAGGAGGAAUAUCAAAGACUCGUCGAAGGUCUCCGGCAAGCCCAAGUGGCCAAGGAAACGGACCAAGUACUUGCGAAUCCCAUACUACCAGAUGAGAUCCUGCGUGAGGCGGUCCCCGGUUCUUUACGCAGUGCCGACAGUUUUUUGGCUUUUCUUCGGCGCUUUUUGGAGUACGUCAAACUUCGUUUACGCAUAGCUCAUGUGGUUCACGAAACGCCGGUCGCCUUCCUUCGAGACUGCUUGGAGAAAGUGUGCGUGGAUCGACGGCCCCUUCAGUUUUGCGCUGAACGGCUACGGUCACUAUUGAACACACUUGAACUGGCUGAUUACGCGGAGUUUUCCAGUCUCACUUUGUUGUGUAAUUUCGCCACACUAGUUGCCACGUACACUCGCGGUUUCUGCCUCAUCAUCGAACCUUUUGACGAGCGUUCGCCCACGGUGAUCAAUCCAGUUUUAUAUUUCUAUUGCAUGGAUGCCAGUUUGCCAAUUCGACCCAUCUUCAGUCGGUUUGCCAGCGUGAUAAUCACGUCGGGAACCCUCUCCCCACUUGACAUGUAUCCACGUAUUUUGGACUUUCAUCCGGUGAACUCUGCCUCGUUCACAAUGACUUUGGCCCGCAGCUGUGUGCUUCCCAUGAUUGUAUCAAAAGGAAAUGACCAGGUUCCAAUGACGACGAAAUUCGAGAGUAGGGAGGACAUGGCUGUUGUGCGGAACUAUGGACAUCUGUUAGCCCAGCUAGCUUCAGUCGUACCCGAUGGGAUCGUGGCUUUUUUCCCGAGCUAUCACUAUCUGGAAUCCACUUUUGCAACGUGGUACGAACAGCAUUUGAUUGAACAAAUCCAACGCCACAAGCUACUGUUCGUGGAGACGCAGGAUGCAGAAGAAACUAGCCUCGCGUUGGCUGCCUACCAUCGAGCAUGCGAAAAUGGCCGUGGAGCAGUCCUGUUGUCCGUUGCUCGUGGUCGUGUUUCUGAAGGAAUCGAUUUUGAUCAUCACCUUGGGCGCUGUGUCAUUAUGUUUGGUGUCCCUUACGUGUACACACAGAGUAGAAUAUUCAAGGCCCGAUUGGAUUUCCUCCGAGAACAGUACAACAUUCAGCCCAAUGAAUUCAUCACUUUCGAUGCAAUGCGGCAUGCAGCACAAUGCUUGGGUCGUGCCAUUCGCGGCAAAUCUGACUACGGAAUCAUGAUAUUGGCUGAUAAGCGAUAUGCCCGAGCUGACAAGCGUUCAAAAUUGCCCGGAUGGAUCCAGUCUCAGUUGCAAGAUGCGUUUGUGAAUCUAUCCACUGAAGAAGCCGUUCAGGCUUCUCGACGUUUUCUACGUUUGAUGGGCCAGCCUUUUAACAAGGAGGACCAGUUGGGUUUAGCUCUAUUAACACGUGAACAUGUUGCAAAGCUAGUGGCCCAAAACCAAGCAGCGUCAAUUCGGCCUGGAAACCCUCUAAAUCCUGGUGAACCACCCGCUAGUCUGACAACCGCAAGUGGGCAUCCUUUGAACAGUCAACAAAACCCAUACGGUCCACAGACAUCGGCUGUCCCUCGGGUCAUAUCUACUACAACCACCUUCAUCUGACUUCAUGUUUCAAUUAUUUGUACAUACGAUUCGUUUUUUAACGCCAACACAUUUAUCAUAUUCUUCGUCUUUCUAACUCCUUGUAGCAAAG